UCAUGUGCAAGCUGAUAUAAAUAUGCAUCUGAAAAAAUGUUAAUGUGUCCUGGAAGUUUUAAAGAAAAGCAACAGUGUUAAAAAACACUGUUUUAAGAAUAGCACAACUCAUUUAAACUAUCUCCGACUAGCUUACAAAUAAAUGAGGCUCGGACUAUGGUUAUUUUAUUUGGCUUUGAGAAUUACUGAGGUGCCUAACCCCUGUUCUUGAGUCUAAGCUGCUGGUCUGGCUACCUCCCCAGCUGUGUACCCCAGAUACCUGCUGGUUCUCCUGGCAUGUGCUCAUGGUCUCUCUCCCCUCAUGGAUGCUUUCUUCUCUUUACUCAUUCUUCCUCCUUUUCAUCUCUCCUCCCCCAACCUGGUCACUCCAAACCCACCUACCUCUAAUCCAUCUAGUAGUUGGCUGUAGCCAGUUUUAUUUAACCAAUAGUUUUAAAUCAGGGAAUAAAGUUUGCAUAACAAAAGCUUAUAAAUAAAUGUGUGAAAUCACUCAUAGGCCUAGACCUUCAUGUUUAGAAUUUAGCAUUACAAUACAUAAUAGCAGUGGACCAAACCUCAACAAUUCCCCUUUUUUUGUGUCUAAAUAAAAAGGCUCCUUUUUGAGCUGAAGGGGUCUGAAGCCCUAUAGGAGGAACAGCAAUAUGAACUAACCAGUACCCCCUGAGCUCGUGCCUCUAGCUGCAUAUGUAGCAGUACCCCCUGAGCUCGUGUCUCUAGCUGCAUAUGUAGCAGAAGAUGGCCUAAUUGGCCAUCAUUGGGAGGAGAGGUCCUUGGUCUUGCAAGGAUUAUAUGCCCCAAUACAGGGGAAUACCAGGGACAGGAAACGAGAGUGGGUGGGUUGAAGAGCAGGGUAUUGGGUAUAAGGGACUUUUGGGAUAGCAUUUGAAAUGUAAAUGAAGAAAAUAUCUAAUAAAAAAUUUGGAAAAAAAGGCUCCUUUUUAAAUAAUAAUGAACAACACACCCUAGGAACAAUUAUGAAAUUGAAUUAAGUAAAAGUGACGUUUUAAAAGUCUUGUCUGUUUGUAUUUGGCAUUUUAGGAGAAAGUAUUUUAUUACCUAUUUUAUCCUGGUAAGUUUAGAGUUUUAUAUGUAAAUCAAUUUUUAUCCUAACUUGUAUAACUCCCCUAAAAUUACCUUUGUGGACCUAGAACAUACCUUUACAUCUUAAACAAUUUAAGUUUACAGUAAUGCUAUGACUAUUUAAUUUUUAACCCCAUUAGAGAUUUGAGAACGAAUAAACAUUAUUUGAGUAUGCGGAAGUGUUAGAGACAUAGAUUUUAAAGAUCAUAGGAAUGGCAGAGAUAGCUUACUGCUUGGACAGUCCCCAAUAUUUUUUAUAAUAUUUAUAAAAUAUUGCUCUGUCUUGCCAGAGUAUAGCAGUCAACUAUCUUGUACCCAUGUGUCCUUUUUGGACAGAUAGUGUUAGGGCAUUUCUUGCCCAGUGGCUAGCUUGCCACAAUUGAAGCAACUCCACACAGAGGUAUUGAUGUUCAUUAUCCUUUUUGAAGUGUAUAUUGUCAGGAGCAGACAUGUCUCAUAGUUAAAAGAUCUUUUGAUAAUGAAAUAAUGUUUAAUGUCAUAUUUUGUGGAUCUCUGAUGCUUUUGAAGACCAGUUAUUUAUUUAUAGCAUAUUUGAAUAAGCAAAGAAUGCCGCGUCUCCAGCGACCUAUUAUCUGUACAGUCCAGGAUAUUUAUUUUUGUGAUAAUCUAGACUAGUAUCUAAUACAACUCUGUGUUUGAUUGACUGACUGUUAACUUACAUUAUUUAAUUAUCCUAAACAGUUUGUAAUAACAACCUUUGAAAGGACUGGGAUUAAACCUUAUAUUUUUAAAUGAGUUGUAUGGGUACAAUGCCUUUCUAAAAAUAACUAAUCUUAAUUUUUUUAUCAAUAUAUAAAGAUUUAUAACAAUGAAGACCUUAAAUCUGUAUAUAUAAAAUAUACCAAAUUUUGUACCAAUGUAACAAAAUAUAACCUUAUUUUUGUAUUAACAUAUAAAAUUUUUUUAUCAAUGUAAGAUUAUGGCUAUAAAAUGUCUUUUGGUUUGAGAGUAGUUUUAAUAAUCUAUCCCUAUUUAAUUUCUCAUAAUAUUUUUAUAUCUCCCUUUUUCUUUUCAACCCCCUUUCCCUUACCUAGGAAAGUAAGAAACAUAUAAAUAACCAAGUCUAAGCUCCAUAUUUUGUUUCUUCCCUUUCCAAAAGCACAAUUAUUUGUAAUCAUCUCCUAAAAUAACAACAAAUCUAUAAUUUAUAAAAUGACCAAAACCAUCCACCCCAACUUAAGAGAUUAGAACUAUGGGCUUUUUAUAAUUGUUUUUUGUUGAUUUGGGGUGAAUAAUUUUUUGUUUGAGUGACCAAAAGGGGGUUGGAAAAAUGGUUAAGUGAAGAUAAAGCUAGCUGGCAAGGUGACACACGUCUCACCAUCUCAACAUCCCCAAGGGUGAAUUUUGUCAGGACUGACCACUUGGUCUUUUAUUUUGUAAUAUACAAACCUUACAACCAAUGUUUAGUUUAAUAAAGGUAUUUGUAUGAAAUGUGAAAAGUGUACAGAUUAGUUAAGGAAUAAUUUUUUGUUUUUUGUUUGAGUAGGUGAAAACAACUUUUUAUGAAUUAGUUCGAUCAAUAGCCAAAUUGUAAUUAACAUUUUACUUAUGCCAUAUGAAAGAAUGGCAUAAUGAAUUUUGAGAACUCUGUAGCCAACAAGAUUUAUAGGCUAUGUAUAGCUGAAGUAUUAUGGCUGAUCCUUAUUAUUUUAGAAGGAGUCUAAAGUCGUUUAUAUUGUUGCUGUUGUUGUUUGUUUGUUUGUCAACAAAAAUAUAGAGCAUGUCUUAGUCAGGGUUUCUAUUCCUGCAUAAAACACCAUGACGAAGAAGCAAAUUGGGGAGGAAAGGGUUUAUUUUACACUUUCCACAUUGCUGUUCAUCACCAAAGGAAGUCAGGACUGGAACUCAAGCAGGUCAGGAAGCAGGAGCUGAUGCAGAGGCCACGGAGGGAUGUUACUUACUGGCUUGCUUCCCCUGCCUUGCUUAGCUUGCUUUCUUAUAGAACCCAGGACUACCAGCCCAGAAAGGCAUCACCCACAAGGGGCCCUACCCCCUUGAUCACUAAUUGAGAAAAUGCCUUACAGCUGGAUCUCAUGGAGGCAUUUCUGCAAGGGAGGCUCCUUUCUCUAUGGUAACUCCAACUUGUGUCAAGUUAACACACAAAAUCAGCCAGUACAGAACCUCUUUCCCAAAAUAGCAUCCCUUUGGUCCAGUAACCUAAAGUCAUCAAAAGUAUAGAUGAUAUAGCUUCUUUUUUUUUAUUUAGGUCUGCUCUCCUUUGACCUCUGUCAUAAAGGAUUUGUAAUAUCAUUAUAACCACUUAAUUUAUAACCACUUAAUUUUGAUAAUUAAAACAAUUUAAAAACUAUUAUUAUUAUUUAUUGAGAUAGGGUUUUUGUUUUUGUUUUUGUUUUUUUGGAUGUAGCCUGAACUCACCUGGAUUUGUUUGUAGAUUAAGUUAGCCUGACUCACAAGAAAUCUAACUAUUCUUGCUUUUGUCUCAUAAACAUUGAAAUCGAAGACCUGGAUUUAUUUAUUUAUCCAUGUAUGCUUAAAACAUUUAUAUUAAUUUCCAUUUAUUUUUCUAUUCUUUAAAGAUUAAUAAUUUUUCUAUUGAUAGUCCGGAGUUAUUACUGUGUUUUAUUUGGGCUGCUCUUAACUCUAAUUGGCCAGUCCUCAGGGCUACAUUUUUAUGACUCUCCUAACCCAUGGAGGCUUCUUUCUCUUCCAUUCACCUUCAACCCCUCAUGGUUCUCCUUCGACCCCCAAGCCAAGGAACACUAAAUCCUUGGGUCUACAUGUGGACCUUAUUGUGUCUGGGAAAACAGAUCUUGAGGAACCAGUAUUAGUAUCAGAGUACAAGUAGCAUCAGGCCAACUCUAAUAGCAAAAAGGUGAAGAUUUCUGCCCAGCUCAUGUGCUGUUUAAGGCUUGUUGGGAAUAGUAAAAGUUAUGUGUCUUUUAUCCAUGAAUUGAAUGAUCAAGGUAGGAUAGAAACCCCAGAUUGAGAUUAAAAAUUUCUGCAACAAUCAAAUUCUCACAGAACUAUGUACCUCAGGGUCAUAUAUCUGAUGUAUUUGCAAGGCAUUCCUCAAAGAAAGAAGGAAAAAAAUGCCUUAACAGAAUCAUAACCCUAGUAGAGCUAUGCUGUAUAACUUCCAAUUUGUUUAGUCUCCUACCACUUAGAUAUUGCAAAAGGAAUACACACUGAAUAGGUGAUAGGUAUAUGUCCACAACCUUCUAAUAAGCAAAUAGUCCAUAGUAAAGCUAGAAUUUCUAAUAUACAUGUAGUAACAUUGCUAAGUUUGAUGAGAGGGGCAAUGUAUGUGAGUCAAGAAUGUUAUGGGGAAACCUUACUACCAUACCACAUGCCUAUGAAGAUUAAAAAGUCAAACUACAUGAAUGCAUUGUUACUCUUUAAAUAAGGUUAUCAUAUGUCACAAUGGAUACAAGCCAUGUGAGCAUAGGGCUAUUGACAGAAGUAAGGUAAAAAAGUAAAAAACCAAAAAACCAAAAAACAAAACAAAACAAACAAAAAAAAAAAAACGGGCGUGGUAGUACACAUCUUUAAUCCCGGCACUCGGGAGACAGAGGCAGGAGGAUUUCUGAGUUCGAGGCCAGCCUGGUCUACAGAGUGAGUUCCAGGACAGCCAGGGCUACACAGAGAAACCCUGUCUCGAAAAACCAAAAAAAAAAAAAAAAAAAAGAAAAGAAAAAAGAAAAAGAAAGAAAGAAGUAAGGUACCUCUCUCUCUCCCAGAACAAUUAGAAGAUAUGUAGUAGUAUACAAUAUGAGUAGACUUUCUGAAUGUGAUACAAAUUUGCAAUUAAUUGGUUUUUGUUAAGGCCUAGGUGGGUGGUUAGUCUGACAUUUUGUGCUGUUGUUAAUGUUAUAAGGAAAUUUCUCUCUUUUUUUUUUUCUGGUGUUACUAGGAAACUUUCUCAUGCCCAAGUUGAUUGCAAACUCUGUUAUAUUCUGUGCUCUUGGAAGCCAAUCACAAGAGAAGUCAGUUAGAACUGCUUUGUAUAAGCUUGGGCCCAAACCAACCACUCAGCAACAUUUUCUGCACCUGUGUAUAAGCAUUUAUGGUAUUUACCUUUAUAAGCUGCGCCUGGGAUGGACCCCAACAUAAGAGAAACACCUGCAUCUGUUAUAAAACUUUCAUUUUGAGUAGGUGUUGAAUAACGUUUAAGAUCCCAAGACCUCCGUAGAAACUGAGAUCCUACUUGGUAGAAAGAGACAUGUAUGUGUGUAACUGACCUCCUAGUUGGCAAGUUAAGACAUGAAUGUUAAACAAGAUAAGUCCCAUCCUGGUUGACAAGUUGAGACAUGAAUAUUAGACAAGGUAAGUCUCCUAGCAUAGUUGAAUCCCCAAAACAACAGGAGCAGGAUAAAUGUAUAACAAAGACAUGUGGCUCAUAAGGAAAUCCCUUCUUCCUAAAUCUUGACUGGAAUACCUUGGCACAGAUGUUUAUAGAUCUCAGGCUUAAAAAGCCCUGUAGGAUCUUAACUCAAUAUCAUGGUUCAGCUCCCAAGUCUGACUUGUGGCUCUGAUCAAUCAGUCCUGGGGUGCAUACUCAAUAAAUUAUCCCUAUCUGACUGAGGUCUUGGGAGGCAACUCAUGGACCCCACCAGUUUUCCAACUUUAUUGGGGAUAUCUAUAAACUCACACCGCAGAAAAUUCCUAUAGGUGUUACAAAUGUAGAAAUUCUUCUGCUUGUCCUAGUUCACUUUGCAAAUGUGGUACGACUUACUAUAGGAAAAAUUAUGAAUGCAAUCAGUGUGUUAAAGCUCUGAGCUCUUCCAGUUCUCUUCAAAUGUGUGGAAAAAUUUAUAUUAAAAAAUGCUAUAUGUAGCUGUCUCUUGUGAGACUAUGCCAGGGCCUAGCAAACACAGAAGUGGAUGCUCACAGUCAGCUAUUGGAUGGAUCACAGGGCUCCCAAUGGAGGAGCUAGAGAAAGUACCCAAGGAGCUAAAGGGAUCUGCAACCAUAUAGGUGGAACAACAUUAUGAACUAACCAGUACCCCGGAGCUUUUGACUCUAGCUGCAUAUGUAUCAAAAGAUGGCCUAGUCGGCCAUCACUGGAAAGAGAGGCCCAUUGGACACGCAAACUGUAUAUGCCCCAGUACAGGGGAACGCCAGGGCCAAAAAAAAAUGGGAAUGAGUGGGUAGGGAAGUGGGGGGGAGGGUAUGGGGGACUUUUGGGAUAGCAUUGGAAAUGUAAUUGAGGAAAAUAUGUAAUAAAAAAUAUUAAUUAAAAAAAGAGAACAAUACAAAAAAAUGCUAUAAAUGUGAGCCAUGUAAAUGCUAUUUCUAGGUAUAUUCAUUAUAGGUAUCAUCAAAAAUGUAAAACAACCCAUAAUGAAGGAGAACGCCAUGAUAAAACCUUAAGAUCUGAUUCUUCUUUAUGAUUAGAUAAAAUUGUAAAAUUUAUUCAUACGUGUAAAAUGAUUCAUCAGUGUAAUGAAUAUGGUAAAGCUUUCACAUGUGCCAAUUAUCUUCACAGGCAUGAAACAAGUCAUCCUGGAGAGAAACCCUCUCAAUAUACUCAUUGUGGUAAAGCUUUUGUGUAUUGGAGUCAUCCCCAAAGGCAUGAAAGAAUUCAUACUGGAGAGAAACCCUAUGGAUGUAACCAUUGUGGUAAAGCCUUUGCACAUCACAGUAAUCUUCAAAGGCAUGAAAGAAUUCAUACAGGAGAGAAACCCUAUGAAUGUAAUCAAUGUGGUAAAGCUUUUGUAACUCACAGUGACCUCCAAAUACAUAAAAGAACACAUACUGGAGAGAAACCUUAUGAGUGUAAUCAAUGUGGUAAAGCCUUUGCAUAUCACAGUAAUCUUCAAAGGCAUGAAAGAAUUCAUACAGGAGAGAAACCUUAUGAGUGUAAUCAAUGUGGUAAAGCCUUUGCAUAUCACAGUAAUCUUCAAAGGCAUGAAAGAAUUCAUACAGGAGAGAAACCUUAUGAAUGUAAUAAAUGUGGUAAAGCCUUUGCAUGGCACAGUCAUCUUCAAAGGCAUGAGAUAACUCAUACAGGAGAGAAACCUUAUGAGUGUAAUCAAUGUGGUAAAGCCUUUGCACAUGAUAGUAAUCUCCACAUACAUAAAAGAAAGCAUGCUGGAGAGAAACCUUAUGAAUGUAAUCAAUGUGGUAAAGCCUUUCCAUGUUACAAUCUUCUUCAAAUACAUAAAAGAACACAUACUGGAGAGAAACCCUAUGAGUGUAAUCAAUGUGGUAAAACCUUUGCAUAUCACAGUUAUCUUCAAAUGCAUGAAAGAAUUCAUACAGGAGAAAAACCUUAUGAAUGUAACCAUUGUGGUAAAGCCUUUUCACAGCACAGUAGUCUCCGCGUACAUAAAAGAACACAUACUGGAGAGAAACCUUAUGAAUGUAACCAAUGUGGUGAAGCCUUUGUAUAUCACAGUCAUCUUCAAAUACAUAAAACAAUGCAUACUGGAGAGAAACCCUUUCAAUGUAACCAAUGUGAUAAAGCCUUUGUUUAUAACAAUCAUCUCUUAGUACAUAAAAGAAUACAUACUGGAGAGAAACCCUAUGAAUGUAACCAUUGUGGUAAAGCCUUUUCACAACUCAGUGGUCUCCAUGUACAUAAAAGAACCCAUACAGGAGAGAAACCCUAUAAAUGUAAUGAAUGUGGUAAAGCCUUUGCACGUAACAGUCAUCUUCAAAGGCAUAAAAGAAUUCAUACAGGAGAGAAACCUCAUGAAUGUAAUCAAUGUGGUAAAGCCUUUGCACGUCACAGUACUCUACAAGUACAUAAAAGAAAACAUGCUGGAGAGAAACCUUAUGAAUGUAAUCAAUGUGGUAAAGCCUUUCCUUCUCAUAACCUUCUUCAUAUACAUAAAAGAACGCAUACUGGAGAGAAACCCUAUGAGUGUAAUCAAUGUGGUAAAACCUUUGCAUAUCACAGUCAUCUUCAAGUGCAUGGAAGAAUUCAUACAGGAGAGAAACCUUAUAAAUGUAAUCAAUGUGGUAAAGCCUUUGCAUGUCACAGAAAUCUCCGAGUACAUAAAAGAAAACAUACUGGAGAGAAACCCUAUGAAUUUAACCAUUAUAGUAAAGCCUUUUCACAACACAGUAGUCUUCAAGUACAUAAAAGAACACAUAUUGGAGAGAAAUCCUAUGAAUUAUAAUCAAUGUGGUAAAGCCUUUGCACACCACAGUCAUCUUCAAAGGCAUGAAAGAAAUCAUACUGAAAGGAAACCCUGUGAGUGUAUUUAAUAUGGUGAAGCCUUUGUACAUCAUCAUGAAAGAAUUUGUGCUGAAGAGAAACCUUAUGAAUAUAUUUAGUAUGGUGAAGCCUUUGCACACUAUUAUAGUCUUCAUCAUUAUUAAAGUAUUCAUACUGCUUAGAAAUUUUGUGAAUGUAAACAAUGUGGUAAAGCCUUUGUGUUAUUGGGUUUACUGAGAUCCAACACAACUCAAACUCAGGUCAGUGGAAAUGACAAGAACUUAUUGUAAUCGAGCUGCUAUUGAUUGGGGCCACAGAAAAUAUUUGGUAGCCGAACAGCAUGAAGCAGAGAGUGGGAACUAGAAAUGGUGUAUAUCCAUAUCCAUAAACACUCAAGUCCACUCCAAGUGACAUAUUUUCUCCAGCAGGUCAGCAUUUUCUAAAUCUCCCCCAAAUACUACCAACUGAAAAGGAUUGACUUUUCUGACUUCAAGCUUACAUGCUGGCUUUCUGUUACACGAGCCAAUUCAUGAUGAAGAGAAACUCUAGGAGAAUGUUCUCUCUGCCAAGGUCAGUGACUCCAUGAUAAUUAGAAAUGGCAUGAUUCCAGGAAGCAAAAAUGUCUCUGGUGAUCCUCACCAAUAUGGUGAUACUGUGACCUUCAGGACCCCUUAAGACUGUGGGAAAGAACUCUGAAAACAUGAGUUCAACAGAUGUUCAAGAAUAUAUAAGUCAGUGUAAGAGCUGUCCUUUACAGGAUUUCUCAACUAUGCAAAAUAUAAAGAUGCAAUAUAAAUUGUAUGAGGGGCUUCACAAACCUGAAAGAACAGAGAUAGCCGCACUAAUGAAUGAGCUCUGUCAGAAAGAUACUAAAGAAGAAGACAAUGAUUUGGUCAAUAGACAAACAAAAACAAAAACAAAAACAAAGCAAAACAAAGCAAAAAACCCUGGAUCACAAAAGAGAAAGGAAUAGUUAAAAAUAAGGAUCAGAUAAUAGUGGAAAAUGGUUAUCUCCUCCACAGAAGAUAUCAACAACUAAAUUUGAUCCCGAUAUUUUACUUCCUAAGGGAGGUAGUUAUAUGUGCAAUCCAAAUAGAGGUUGGGGACAGGCAAAAGUCUGGUGUCAAGAAAAAAGAUGAUGGCUUGAUAAUAUUUCUACUGUUGAGCAUCACUUAAUAAUAAGCCUUGGAGUUCCUGAGAUAAAGAAGAAAAAAAAUCCAAAGAUUAAAAAGAAUAUAUUGAGGUAGCUAAGAACUAUAAAAAUGAGCUUCAAUGCUGCUUAUAUCAGCAUAAGCAAGAGCUCUCUAAAUUGAAAAAAAUAAAAAGCAUGAUACUUAAAGUUAACUUCUUCACACAAAACAGCCUCUAUGUCUAGACUUCUCAGCCACAUGCACUGUGUCCAGUGAACCAUAUAGGACUUGCUAGUUAAAAAAAAUGUGCUUGCUGUCUGGUUCAUUUGCUUUGAAUAUGCUCUAUAUUUCAGUUUCUAUUUCUAAGAGUCAAGGGAAUAAGGUCAUAAAAUACUGAUUUAUGGAAUGAUCAAAAGAGAACCUGGGUUAAAUGAUUAAACAGUUACUAAGGAAGUAGCUUAUGCAAAUAAGAAAGUGGCCCUGGUUUGCAAGAGCUAUUUCAAGCAGAUUAGAGUUGUCUUUGGUCUGCAAGAGAGCUAUCUUGAGCAGAUUACAGAGCUGUCAGCUGGCAUCCAUCACUGUCUCCAAGUUAUUCUUUCACUGUUCCCAUUCACCUCCUCUCUCCUGCUGAGGCUGGACCUCAGCAAGAGGCCAGGGAAGACCACUGGUGAAGGUGCAGUUGACAGCACAGGACUGAAGGGGUCAUGCAAAGAAGUUCUUGGUAUCAUGAAGAGAGCCUAUGAGAGGCUAUUGAUGAAGCCUACUAGUUGCAGCAGAAGGCAUCAGCAUAUCAGAGAUGUCAGUACCAUGGGAUGACCACCAAGAACAGCACUGGAAUGGAUCUACCUAAACCUGGAGUUCUACAACAGGACAGAGUUGGAGAAAUGACCCAAGCCCUUUGGAGGAGCCCAGAAGACCAUGUGUAGAUCCCAGACACUGGAACAAGAAGCUGUAAAGUUAACGUUGCCAUGGAUACCCCUAGAUGUUAAAGCUGUGGGAGCCAUGGGAUACCUGCCAUGGAAAGUUGCUAGCAGGGAGUGGAACCAGCCCUUGAAAAAGAAAUUUGUUGCAGUCAACAAAGCUGAAAGGAGUGGAUAUCAGACAUGGAGGUGCAGUUCAGAAUUAGCCCAGAUGGUUUUCUGUUUUGCUUUGAUCCAAUAUUUCCUCACUAUGACAUUUUGGAAUGGUAGUGCAUAUCCUGUGCCAUAUAGGAAAUAUGUGAUCUGCACUUUGGUUUUAUGAGGUAUUACAGUUAGGAGAUUGCAAGAGUCUCAAGAGAGACUUUGAAAUUUGGAUUUUUUUCAACAUUGUUGAGAAAACUGUAGACUAUGGGUACUUUUGAAGUUGGACUAAAUGUAUUUUGCAUUAUCCUAUGUUUACUUCUGCCCCCCACGCAUGGGUUUGAACAAGCCUAUGGGGAUGAGGGAGUAGAAUGUGAUGGUUUAAAUAUGCUUGGCUCAUGGGAAGUGGCACUAUUAGUAGGUGUGACCUUGUUGGAGUAAGUGUGGCCAUGUUGGAGGAAAUGCAUCACUGUGGGCACAGGCUUUGAAACUCCACCCAGUGUGGAAAGUCUCUUCCUGGCUACCUUCAGAUCAAGAUAUAGAACCCUUGGCUCCUCUAGCCCUAUGUCUGCCUACGCAUGUCCAUGCUUCUUGCUAUGAUGAUAAUGGACUCAACCUCUGAAACUGUAAGGCAGCCCUAAUUAAAUUUGUUGUCUUUUGUAAGA